AUGUAAAUUUAGGACAUUUAAGACUAUUUGGAGGAUCAAAAGUUACCCUAUUUAAAAAGCCUGAUAAGCAUAUGUUCAAAUUUUAGUGAGCAUCAACCUUACUUAAUAAAAAUGGAAUCAAUUGCAGAACCAGAACCUGAAUCAGUCCCUGAAAUAUAUCCUGCUUUAGGAGAGACGAAUAAUAUCCAUGAGGAAGAGCCUGAAAAACCCGAAAUAAAGGUAAAAGAUGAAGGACAAGAAAUUUAACAAGUAGAAUAAUUUUCUUGCAGUUGCUCAAAGAGUCACUGUCUACAGAUGUAUUGUUCUUGUUUUCACAACGGAAGAGUUUGUGGGAAAUCAUGUAAAUGCCAAGAAUGCGAGAAUGCAGAAGACAACAUAAUUAAAAGAGAAAAGGCUGUAAAUUAUGCAAAGAAGAAAGCAUAAAGAAAUAAGAAGGUUCCAGAAGGAAAAAUAUUUGAGACAACAGAAAUUUGGGGAUGCAAUUGUUCUAAGACUAGAUGUGUGAAGAAUUAUUGUGAAUGUUUCAUAAGAGGCAAGAAAUGUUCUGUAGAGUGCAAUUGUUAACAUUGUGACAAUGGGAAAGAUGAAGAUUUAAUCAAUGAGAUCAAAAGACAGAAUCAAAUUAAAAAAAGAAUUAGAAAAGAAAGGUAGUUGUAAUAAUGA